CUCUCUGGCUGGCUCACUCUCCCAGCCACCUCUACCCCCAGCCGGCUGGGCGGAGCUUCGCGCGAGCGUCCCAGAGCCCGACGAGGCCGCGGCAGUCGCGAGCGAGCAUCCCUAGUGCUUGCUUGCCGGAGCUGCGUCUGCAGUAGCCUGGUCGCUGACGCUGCGUGCCGGUCGGCCGGGCAGCCUGCGACCUCUCUGGCCCCGCGCCCGCUGCUAGCCGCCAGCUCCCCACCUGGUUCGCACCUAGUCCUGGCCCGGGUCUCGCGCCGAGUGCACGCCAUGGGGCCGCCUCCCGGGAUCGGGGUCUACUGCCGCGGCGGCUGCGGAGCUGCCCGGCUGCUGGCUUGGUGCUUCCUUCUAGCUCUGAGUCCGCACGCGCCCGGUUCCCGGGGAGCCGAAGCUGUGUGGACCGCGUACCUCAACGUGUCCUGGCGGGUUCCGCACCCCGGAGUGAACCGCACGGUGUGGGAGCUGAGCGAGGAGGGCGUGUACGGCCAGGACUCGCCACUGGAGCCCGUCUCCGGGGUCCUGGUACCGCCCGACGGGCCCGGGGCGCUCAACGCCUGUAACCCGCACACCAAUUUCACGGUGCCCACUGUUUGGGGGAGCACGGUGCAAGUAUCUUGGUUGGCCCUCAUCCAACGCGGCGGAGGCUGCACCUUCGCGGACAAGAUCCAUCUGGCUUAUGAGAGAGGGGCUUCUGGAGCCGUCAUCUUUAACUUCCCCGGGACCCGCAAUGAGGUCAUUCCCAUGUCUCACCCGGGUGCAGGAGACAUUGUUGCGAUCAUGAUUGGCAAUCUGAAAGGGACAAAAAUUCUACAGUCCAUUCAAAGAGGCAUCCAAGUAACAAUGGUCAUCGAAGUAGGCAAAAAACAUGGCCCUUGGGUGAAUCAUUAUUCAAUUUUCUUCGUUUCCGUGUCCUUUUUUAUUAUUACAGCAGCAACUGUGGGCUAUUUUAUCUUUUACUCUGCCCGAAGAUUACGGAAUGCAAGAGCUCAAAGUAGGAAGCAGAGGCAGUUAAAGGCAGAUGCUAAAAAAGCCAUUGGCAGGCUUCAGCUGCGCACCUUGAAACAAGGAGACAAGGUACUUUUAUUACUUUGAAAGCAAUACUACCAAACCAUUGU